AUGUACGACGGCGCGAUCGACCCAAACGCUGAUCCGGAAACGAAUCUCCGGCGUGUACGAGCGAUCGAAGCUGCUGGAGGCAGCGCCCGGGCUGAUGGGCAAGUUGACGGAAGCGCGGGGAGCGCACGCGUGGACGACUUACCCACGUCGGAUCAGCUGAUAGAUGAGCUACUGGAGCAGUUGACACUGGCAAACCAGUCAAACGGCGCUCCCAACACGAACGGCAAUGCUGGAGCAUCGGACAAGUCGAGCAACUUUGUGUGGUGGGCCAUAGGGUUCUUGACAUUGGUCGGGCUGCUAUGCCUCGUUCUGGGAGCAGCAAUCAUCCUACAGUUGGUGUUUCCAUACUGGUGGGCCCAUGUCUUCCAAAUGCAGUCGUAUUGGAUGACGGAUCGAGAAGGCUAUAAGUAUGGGUAUGGCUGGACUAUCAUUGGAGACGAGCAGUGCCAGAUGAGGGGGAGGUACUUCUAUUGCGAGGAGCGGACGAUUGAUAGGAGGGUUUGA